AUAGUAUAUUUUACGAAACGACAACAGUGUUGAUAUUGAUAUUAACACUCAUGGGCUUGGGCGCAACCUCCUGUCAAAUUUUCAUUCAUGAAAUGAGCGAUCAGCUGAUCCGAAACGUCUCGUAAAAUGGUUCAUACGAUUUUCAACGAAAAAGUGAAGGAGGUGACGUCUAUCAGAAAAAAAACGUAGAACUAAACAGUGUGGCCCGGCACAAUCAACUCCAUUAUCAACAAAUUGGUUUCAAGCUUUGCACGACUCUGGUAAAACAGACUCUGAUCUGAUGUAAAUGCAAACAUAAACAUAUACUGAUCGUUGUGAGCUUGAUUUGUGUUCAUAUUUUGUAUUAUAUUCCAAGUAUUUUAAACGGCAUUUAAUAAGUUAAAUUACAAUGUCAAUCACCAUCAAAACCGAACCGGAUCAAAUAGAAAGUUUACUUCAAACAUGUAGACUUUGUUUGAGCGAAGAAUCUGUGGACAGUGUUUUUGACGAAGAGGGCUUGCAGCAAUGGAUUUCGGAUUAUCUUUCGAUAGAGAUAUCAUCAGAAGAUCAUUUGAGUCAAGCUGUCUGCUCCAUCUGCCGAAUACAAUUGAAAGAAUUUCAUCAGUAUCGAGAAAGAUGCCUUGAUGUUCAAAGAGCGCUGGAAUCCCAAAUUCAAACUCAAAUUGAUCCCUACAAGGAAAAUGCUGAAAUGGCGCCCUCUCUAGAAAAUCAGGAAAGUCAACUGUGUCUAGAAUUGGUGCAAAAUGUGGAGGCUGGUGAAUUGGUAGACAUAGGAGAAGUAAAAAUCGAAACAGAAUUGCCAGCAUCUUCAGGCAUAGAUGAGCAAAUAAGCUUGAAGCAAGCAUCAGAAGUUCAAACAGAAGAUAAUACCGCAAAUCUCCAGUUACUUGAGUGUGAAAUAUGUCAUAAACUAUUCCGCUCUAUACAGCGGUUGGAAAGCCAUACGAAGUGUGUACAUGGUCCAAAAAAAUAUGAAUGUGUUCCCUGUGGAUUGGCAUUUGCUUAUAAAAGUCAUUAUGAUGUGCAUUUGCAAACUGACGGGCAUGCCAAAAAAACGCCGCCCAUUGAAGCUUUCGAGGCAUCUGUUUCGAACAAAGAAAUCCAGUGCAUUGAAUGCGAUGUAUAUUUUACAAGAAAAGCACAGCUGUAUACCCACAAUACAAGAAGGCAUAAACCCAGAAAAUAUGCUUGCCCCACAUGUCAAAAGUUGUAUGUAACCAGGUACGAAUUGAACAGACAUGUCAAAACCCUCCACAACACGACUGGGGACAGGCCAUUCGAGUGUGACAUUUGUCACAAGACAUUCAAGCUUAAAUAUAUAGCCGAUGAGCAUAAGAAACGAGUGCACGGUCCGAAACUGCAUCAUUGCAGUAUUUGUGUGACCAGUUUCAGCUUAAAAAACAUAAACAUAUGUACUGAUCGUUGUGAACUUGGUUUGUGUUUAUAUUUUGUAUUCUAUUCCAAGUAUUUUAAACGGUAUUUAAUAAGCUGUAUUACGAUGGCAAUGGCUAUCAAAACCGAACCAGAUGAAAUAGCAAGUUUACUUAAUACAUGUAGACUUUGUUUGAGCGAAGAAUUUGUGGACAGUGUUUUUGACGAAGAGGGCUUGCAGCAAUGGAUUUCGGAUUAUCUUUCGAUAGAGAUAUCCUCAGAAGACUAUUUGAGUCAUGCUGUCUGCUCCAUCUGCCGGAUACAAUUAAAAGAAUUUCAUCAGUAUCGAGAACGCUGCCAUGAUGUACAAAGAACACUGAAAUCCAAAAUUCGCAUUCAAAUGUUUGAUUCCUAUAAGCAAAAUGCUGAAAUGGCACCCUGUCUAGAAAAUCAGGAAGGUGAAUUGGUGGACAUAGGAGAAAUAAAAAUCGAAACAGAAUUGCCAGCAUCUCCAGGCAUAGAUGAUCAAAUAAGCUUGAAGCAAGCUUCAGAAGUUCAAACAGAAGACAGUACCGCAAAUCUCCAGUUACUUGAGUGUGAAAUAUGUCAUAAACUAUUCCGCUCUAUACUGCGGUUGGAAAGCCAUAUGAAGGGUGUACAUGGUCCAAAAAAAUAUGAAUGUGUUCCCUGUGGAUUGGCAUUUCCUUAUAAAAGUCAUUAUGAUGUGCAUUUGCAAACUGACGGGCAUGCCAAAAAAACGCCACCCAUUGAAGCUUUCGAGGCAUCUGUUUCAAACAAAGAAAUCCAGUGCAUUGAAUGCGAUGUAUAUUUUACAAGAAAAACACAGCUGUAUACCCACAACACAAGAAGGCAUAAACCCAGAAAAUAUGCUUGCCCCACAUGUCAAAAGUUGUAUAUAACCAGGUACGAAUUGGACAGACAUGUCACAACCCUCCACAACACGAGUGGGGACAGGCCAUUCGAGUGUGACAUUUGUCACAAGACAUUCAUGCUCAAAUAUAUAGCCGAUGAACAUAAGAAACGAGUGCACGGUCCGAAACUGCAUCAUUGCAGUAUUUGUGUAUCCAGUUUCAGCUCAAACUCUCACCUGACUCGGCAUAUUCGGAGCAUUCACAAGCGAAACGCCUGAAGGAAAUGGCUUCUCAACUUGGAAUUGGGCGCUUUCAGAGACAUUAGCACAGUGCGCAACUCAGUGUUUGGCGAAUAAAAAUGAAUGUGAUUGAAACGAUACAAACAUUUGAUUUCUUUUAUAUCAAUCACUGUGCACUCUGGAGCUUAAAAAUUAUAUAUGACAGAGGCACGACCAUGCUGAAUUGCCUGGGUAGGACAAACGUGUAGUAUCUUGAGUCUCAAAUCUUGAGCUUCUACCUAUAGGUAUGCAUUUUUUUCUUCUUAGAAACAUUUCAAGAAAUACAAAUUAGCGAUCUGAGUCGAUGUUGGGAUCUCUAAAAGUACUGACAGCAAUGACGUCAGAGAAGUGUCGGCCAUCUACCAGCACAAGGACGAUUUAGUUGCAAACUUCGCCGUUUGGGUGUCCUCAUAAGUCCCUUCAACUAUUUCCGGAUCAUUAUGCAUUCAACAUCAUGUUCUGCCUAAUCGCUGGCUACCUUGGGCUGUCACCGUCAGUAUUGCUAACGCGAUACAGCGCUUUUUAUUCAGCCGCUGAAUGCCAGAACAGACGCUAUUUGAGCCGCACCUCCUUGGUGAACAGACGCUCGGGACGUACCUCCUCAAUCUAGCUAAAGUCAGAAGGACAAAUGUCCAGGAUGGACUACCAUCUAACAACACAGCCUUCAGUUGGCGGUCUUUAUCAUCGAUUGACCCAAGGUAGCAUGAGGUAGGAACUAGUGAGGACUAGAGAUAUGUUGGAGACUCCCUGUCAGCUCACCGUUUUGCAGCUAUUUAGUGCAGCAGUGCUGCUAGUCUUCUUGAUAAAGCGGUCUUCAUAUUAGCAUAAGGCCAGCGCUGACGAUACUGCUGUCAGCAGCUGUUCUGUAUCAUCCCAAACGUCUCAUAAAACGGCUCAUGUGUUUUCAUUCUUUGCACGACUCUGGCAAUAGACUCUGAUCUGAACAUCUGAAUGUAAACAUAAACAUAUGUUGAUUCUUGUGAAGCUCUGGUUUAUGUUCACAUUUUGUAUACUAAUCCACGAAUUUAAAUCAAUACGUUAAGAAGCCAAAUUACGAUGUCCAUGGUCGUCAAAACCGAACCGAAGGAAGGCGGAAGUUUGUUUCAAACGUGUCGACUUUGUUUGAGCGAAGAAUCUGUCGAGAGUGUAUUUAACGGAGGUGGCUUACGGCAAUGGAUUUCGGAUUAUCUUUCGAUAGAGAUAUCCUUAGAAGACCAUUUGAGCCAGGCUAUUUGCUCCAUCUGCCGAAUACAAUUGAUGGAAUUUCAUCAGUUUCGAGAACGAUGCCAUGAAGUACAAAGCACGCUGAUAUCCGAAAUCCGCACCGAAAAUUCUGAUUCGUACAAGGGAGAGACCAUUAUUGAACCCGCUCUAGAAAGUCAGGAAGAUGACCUGUUGCAGGAAUCGUUUCAAAAUGUGGUGGCUGAUGAAUCGAUGGACAUAGGAGAAAUUAAAAUCGAAACUGAUGCCAAUGCAGAAUUGACAACAUUUCCAGACACAAAUAAACAUACAAAUGGAACGCAAACUGCAGUAGUACAGAUAGAAGACGAUGCCAACAACCACCAGUCACUUGAAUGUGAUAUAUGCCAUAAAAUAUUGGGCUCCACAGCAAGGCUGAAAUGUCAUAUAAGAGUUGUACAUGGUCCAAAAAAAUUCGAUUGCGUUCCCUGUGGAGUAUCAUUUACUGAACG